CCACGGCAGAUCUUUGUUUGCGGAACAAACAAACAAUUGAAACAUCCUACUUAUUCCUCGUUGUCCUUUUUGCAAGGAAGCUGUGACAUAGAGAAGAGACAUCUAGUCCCGAGUUUGCUUUUAGCUCAGUAUUGGAUUCGUCAGCUUUUCAAACUACGUUGUGGUUGUAUUUACUCGGUGAACUUAAUCCUGGAACUUGGAACGUAACCAACUUUCCAUUACAAUAGAGAGGCGGAAGGAGACCAAAUUGGACGAACCGGCAUUAAGCUCUUCGGUUUGGGGAGAUGGAGAUGGACGCCAGACAUACCGGCAGCUUGGUUCUACUCAUUGUCCUUUCACUGAAUUUGAUUCUGCCAGAUACCGUUGCUCUAGAGGAGAACACCGACAUCGCAUCGGAUAGUUCUACCCCAGAUGCGGUUGAUGGCGCUUCGCCCGGCAAUGGAACGGUAAAAUGCCAUGGUAAUGCCCAGUGGGAGAGGAACGGUACCGAUUUCCUUUGUUCCUGCAAUCCUGGAUACAGUGGAAAUGGGACAUACUGCCAAGAUAUAGAUGAAUGCGCAACAUCAUACGGUAGCAUUUGCAAUCGAACAGAUACAUGUUCCAACACCAAUGGGUCCUUUGUGUGUUACGAUAAUAAUUCCAAAUGGUUAAAUGGCCUGCGUUCACAGAGAUACAAUUGUGAGAAAGGUGAAAGCCUUUGGAUUUUGAAUGAACACACAGACUUGAAGAUGAGCCUGGACAUGGCAAUAACUCAUUGCUCAAAGGCAGGACUGUCACUCCCUAGCCAUCCAGGCUGCAUUUCAUCCGCAGUUAGCUCUGGCAAGAUUAACAAUAGUGUUUGGCUUGUGACACCUGAUUGGUUUGUAAAGUCAAUUUUGAGUGACGUCAAUAAAACCGAGGAUGAUGCAUCACGUGAUCAGUCACACAAUGUGGUCUGUGUGGAGUUUGCUGCUUGUUCAUCGGUCAAGUGCGAGCAGAACGCCUUCUGUAAUUCGGCAGGAAAAUGUGAAUGUAGAAUGCCUUACUAUCACAAUGGUACAGGUUGCUCUCGCAUGUAUCCAAGUACUGCUCGUUGCCCACUUGCAUCCUUACAUAUCCCACUAGGAUACAAUUUUGAACCCGUCAGUGCAUCAACAGCCGUGGGAAUUUGCAGCAAUGCUGGUAUGGUGAUUCCUACAUCUCGCUACUCAUAUCGCCUCAGGAAACUCUUUGUUCAAGACUGUGUGUAUGAUAUGAUCCAACAUUAUCCCCAUGCCAUUGCCAUGGUUAGAAUUGUAGCUUCAAAUCUUCCCGCGAUCCAUUUUUUGUACAAUCUACAUCACGGAUAUUUCUUCCGUGAUGGACGUUUCCAUCGAAUUUAUGGAUCGAGAAAUGCUCGGGUGCUUUGUGCAGCAUUUCAUGAUUGCAAAUCACCGCCCUAUAUUCCAAAUUCCUCAAUUACAUGGUUGAAAAGGAAACCAACAGGCAAUGGCACGUUCACAUCAGACAAAGUGUGGGUCCAAUGCAACAAAGGUCUCGUAUAUCGCGGUUCGCUUCCUUUACUUUGUGUAGGUAAUGGUCAAUGGAGUGGCGGAGAAUCCGUGCUUGCGGGUAACUAUGAUAUUCUGAGAUGUUUGCCAUGCGUGUGGAAGCACGAGAACACACGUGGCUACGAGUCUAUUUCAGACAAUGGAACGGUCACUUGUUCCCAGGGCUAUGUGGCAAUCUCCGGGGGUGUCAACGACAUUGAGUGCAGCAAAAGAACCUCUUUUGUAUGGGCAAACACUGACAUUUGCGCAGCUGAAUGUGUAAUUCCAACCAACAAGAGUAGAAUGCAUAUAAAAAUUAUACAAGGUGUACCAAAUGUAUUAAAGGCACAUUCAAUUGCUAUUACCUGUGCAAUGGGAUAUCGUAUAACGGGACUCUCUACCGUCUUGUGUGUUCAUCCUGGAGGAUUUGAAAUGCCUCGGUGUGAAAAAUGCGGGUGGAAGCACGAGAACACAACGGGCUACGAGUCUAUUUCAGAAAAUGGAACGGUCACUUGUUCCCAGGGCUAUGUGGCAAUCCCCGGGGGUGUCAACGGCGUAGAGUCCUGCAACAGAACCUCUUUUCUAUGGAAAAACACUGAUAUUUGCACAGACGCAUGCUUGUGGAAGGACCACCUUGCGAAAGGAUAUAAGUCUAUUUCAGACACUGGAAACGUGACUUGCUCCACGGGCUAUAUGGCAGUCCAUGAUGCCAACACUCCCAAAUGCAACGACGGAACUUGGAAAUUCACGGCUGUUUGUAAAGAUCUAGGAAUACCUGUAUUCAAAUGCUAUACAGGUGAUACCCUAUGGAUUUUAAAUACAACUGCGAACUUAAAGAAAAGCCUGGGCAUGUGCUUACAUGCAGGACUGUCACUCCCGCAGAAUAUAGAUUGCGUUUCACCAGCACUUUUUUCUCACGCAAUUUACGGCAGUGUUUGGUAUGUGACAAGACAUUGGGAUGUGUUCUCAAGGCGCAUGAAAGGCUACUCAUCGUACCCGUCAGGCCUAUCCGCCGCACGUGAUGAGUUACACAAUGUGGUCUGUAUCGAAUAUGCUCCUUGUUCAUCGGUCGAGUGCAAACAAGAAGAAUUCUGUAAUUCGACGGGACAAUGUGAAUGUAGAAUGCCUUACUAUUACAAUGGUACAAGUUGCUCUCGCAUGUAUCCAAGUACUGCUCGUUGCCCACUUGCAUCCUUACAUAUCCCACUAGGAUACCAUUUUGAACCCGUGUUUCUGCCACAAGCCCCGGGAAUGUGCAAGGAUGCUGGUAUGGUGAUUCCUACACUUGACGAUGGCAUUGACGGCCAAAAAUUGGUGGAACGCUGUGUGUAUGAUAUGAUCCAAAAUUAUCCACUUGCCAUUGGCAAUCUUCCAACUUUAAAUCCAUACUAUCUUGGGGUCAGUGUUUACCUGAAUGGUCUAAGGGGAGUAUACUUCCGCAAUGGAGUGUUCCUGAGUACCGGUAAUAUUAAUAGGGGAUUGAGCAGGGAUGAUUCACGGAUAACAGCUCGCGUGAUUUGUGCUGCAUUUAAUGAUUGCACAUCACCGCCCGCUAUUCCAAAUUCCAUAGUUAAAUGGGUAAAAAGUCAACCAACAGGCAGUGAUACGUUCACAUCGGGCAAAGUAUGGGUCCAAUGCGACAAAGGUUACGUAUAUGAGGGUCCGCUUCCUUUAGUUUGUGCAGGCAAUGGCAAAUGGAGUUCUGAAGAUAAUUUGCGUUUGCGUCGAAAGGCUUAUGGAAAAUGUCUGAGUGUUGAAUGCUUAGACGAUCCUGGCAUACCUGAGAAUGGUAAGAGGCUCAAUUUCACCUCGGUGUAUCUCAGCGCUGUCAACUAUGAAUGCGAUCGAGGCUAUUUUGCGGAAAGUCGCGUGUGUCAGGAAAAUGGAAAAUGGUCUGGCCAACAACCUGUUUGUAGAGCACCCCUUUGUCCGCAUCCCGGUGAAUUAAGCAAUGGUGAGCUUUUGCAUCAAGGCUUACACUUUGAUACUGUAGUGACAUACGUGUGCAACAGAGGGUACCGUCUCCAAGGCUCGAGAUUCAGCAAUUGUCUUAGAAAUCACACCUGGUCAGCACCAAAGCCAACUUGUGAACUUGUUUUAGUCAAGCAUUGUUCCGACCCCGGCCCUCCGGAGAAUGGCAUACGUCUUCUGCAAGGCUACUCCUACCUGAGCACUGUUGCAUACAAAUGUGACCUUGGCUACAAUAUUAAUGGCUCUGUCUUUAGGGUCUGUACUGCAGAUAAGACAUGGAUUCCUGAUCAGCCCACUUGUGAAAUUGCCAAGUGUCAGGAUCCAGGAACACCGGACAAUGGCACUAGGGAAGUGUAUGGAUUGCUUUACGGGGCUGAAGUCCAUUACUCCUGUCAAGAAGGGUUCCUUUUGAAUGGUUCCGUUAUCAGUACAUGCACGGAGCAUGGGGACUGGUCUGCAUCCCUGCCGUUCUGUGAACUGACGUCAGCAGAGGGAGAAGGAGGAGAAGGAGAGACCAGUGGCUCGGCUGUUACUGUGGGUGUGUCAGUUGGCAUAGGUGUUAUGCUUGCUGGUGUGGCGAUCAUACUACUCCUUAUAAAACACUAUCGGAAUGAGAAACUGGACACUGUCAUUGGCAAGGUAGACAUGGACAAAGUACAAAUGCAAGCCAUCAACCAAUCCCCAC